CAAACAUCCGUCCUAUUUUGCUAAGCAACGAAUAAACAAAUUUUGAUAAAUAAAUUUCUAUUAAAGUUGUACAUAAAAUGGAAUCUGAUACUAUAAAUGAAGAAGUUCAAGUCAAUUUACCGGACCCACCAGAUGAAGAGAGAGAAAUAAAAUUAAGACCCUUAGAACGAAUUAAGUUGCAUCCAAAAGCUCCAAUAGAACCCACAGCAUACGGAAAGGGUAAAAAUUUUAGCCGACCCUGGAUUCUUCAGGACGGUCGAGAUGUCCCAGCUAAGGGUAGUGAAAUGCGCAAUAGCUUCGGUGUGCCUAAAAAAGCUCCACAUAGUGAAGGCAUUCGAAAGCGCAUGUUGAAAGACUUCUUUUGGGAGCAGAUGCUAGAUGAAGUUAUAGAAGAAUUAGCAACGUCUCAACCAAUAGCCGAUUAUUGCACAGAAUAUGAAUCCAAUUUCAUAAAAGAUAAUUUUGAACCACGCAAUCUUGAAGUCACUGCUGAUAAAAAUAUGCAUUUAAAAUACCCAUUGUACGGAACGGGGUCUAGUGCUGUAACGUAUUACAGUGAAAGUGUGAAAAAGACUGGCCCAGGUGAGAUAUUAGAAAAAUUCCGUAGAUGCCAGUACUUCACCAAGCCAAUGGAAGAAAGGCUGGAUAAUGGAUGGGUUUUGUAGGUUUUUUGAAAUAAAAUUCAUGUCAAAUGUUAA